AUGAACUUUAACAAGAUCUUCGUCUUUGUUGCUCUCAUCCUGGCCAUCAGCAUGGGUCAAUCUAACGCUGGAUGGCUAAAGAAAUUUGGCAAGAAACUUGAACGCAUUGGCCAACACACUCGGGAUGCCAGCAUCCAAGUCAUAGGAAUUGCACAACAGGCAGCUAAUGUUGCAGCCACUGCAAGAGGUUAA